CAUAUGAGCACGAAUUGUAAUCAAGAAGACUAAAGCAAAGCCUGCACCUGGCAGACUCACUUCACCGACGCGUGAUGGUGAAGCCUUCCAGCUUAUCAAAUGUUUUUCCCUGGAACUGGCAGCAGGCCCACCCAUCGCGGGGGCUCUACCUUUGGGGGACGAGGCGGUAGGUCUCGGGUUGAGCUCUCCGCGCAAGAGGAGCUCCAAAAAGCCAGGGAGGAGAGGGAGAGGCGUAAGCGGCAGAAGCUUGAGCAAAAGAGUGCGGUUGUAAUUCAGGCAGCCUGGCGUGGCUGGUUCUCGCGAGAGUCAACGAAGGCCAGUACCCGCAAGGCGUGGGAUGAGCGCUAUGGCGUGGAGGGGCAGCUGCUGGAGGCAGGAGACUGCCUCAGCCUGGGAGCGGGAGGUGCCCUCGGGACCCUGCUGUUCUUCUAUGACCCUGUUCAGGACUUGCAACGACUGGCCAGCGUGGCGAGGGUGGUUGCGCUGGCGAGCAAGACCGAUGACUGGUCUCAGUUCGUGACGGCCUACAAUGUGGCGGACAGCCGGGCGGCGCUGAUGUACCGACUGAAGGAGCUGGCGCUGCAGUGCCUUCUCACACUGUCACGUCACAGGAGGGCUCUGGCGCCAGUGCUGGCGGCGGCGCGGCUGGCAGCGCCCCUAGACGCGGCCAGCGGCGGCGUUGCGGGCGCGCUGCAGGAGUGCGUGCUGCUGCUGGUGUCGCCGGACGUGUAUGCGGGCGUGCUGGGCAAGCCGCAGGCCACCACCUUGUCCGGGGCGGUGCUGGGGCACCUGGCGGAGGCCGGCAUGUGCCGCCACCUCUUCCUGCUGCUAGUGGCGGUGUUCAUGCCGCAGCCGCAGCAGGCACCGGCGGCGUCCGGCAUCGCCGCCGCAGUCGCCGCCGGCCGCCAGGGGCACCACCACAGUCACGGCCCGCUGCACUACAUCCAGCCCCGGGGUCACGGGCACGGGGUUGCGCACGUGGACAAACACGCACAUGGGCCGAUCGCCGCACCCGCGCUGGGCCUGUCCCACCAGCCGCCGACGGUGCUGCACACCGUGGCGCCCAAACCCUAUGUGGAGGCGCUGGUGACGCAGCUCGCGGUGCGGCUGCUGGCACUCAAAUCCUGGGUCGCCGCGGCGCCUGAGCAAUCCCUGCACAACUUGCUGUUGGUGCCGGACCUGUGGGCGCGCUGUGCGUCGCUGCAGCCGGUGGCGCCGCGCGUAACACGCACGGCACUGGGCUGGCUGGCGGCGGCGGGGCCGGGCCGGCUGACGGCGUUCCUGCCGCCUGACGGCGCAGCAGGGCUGCCGGGCGGCAGCGGCGCGGCGGUGGCGGUGCUAGUGGCGAACGUGCUCGCAGUGGGGCCGCGGCUGCUGCAGCAGGACAAGACGGCCGCAGCGGCGGCGGCGCCGGGCACGCUACGCGCGCCGGCACUGGCGACGGCGCGGGUGCUGCACGCUCUGGUGUCGCUACUGCCGCUCAGCCCGUUCUUUGGGGAAGGCGCCGCGGCAGGAGGCGGCGCCGUCGCGGUCGACGACGACGAGGACGAAGUGGACGAGGGGGCGUGCGGCUCGCUGGGUCUGGCGCGCCUGACCCUGGCGCCCGGGGCGGCGGGCGCGCUGCCGCGCUCCAUCAUCGACGGCGUGCAGGGCCUGACCGGCAUGAGCGGCCGGCAGCUGCUCAAGCAGCUGGUCACGGUGCUGCUACCCGUGACGGCGCCCGGCUCGGCUGGCGGGGGUGGGGGCGGCGGCGCCGGGCUGGGGCAGGGCUCGGCCAACACGUCGGCGUCGGGCUACGCCACGGGCGGCGCCAUGUCAUUGUCCACCUCCCCCAGUGGCGGAUACUUCAUGACGCUGGGCGGCUCGCCGCCCAUGCGCGCCGGCUCGCUCACCACCGCCGGCAGCCUGGGCCGCGUCAGCCUGGGUGCGGCCGCGGCGGCCGCCGGCGCGGGUGUGCAGCUUCCGGGCGCGGUGGGUGCUGCGCUGGCGCUGACGCCGCCGUCGACCAGCUCGCUGCUGGAGGCGGCGGAGGCGGCGCACGCGGUGGCGGAGCUGGUGCACCAGCUGUGCCAGCUGCCGGGGCAGCGGCAGCGCGUGAUGCUGGGCCUGGCGCUGUCGUGCGACUUCGCGGAGCGCAUGUGGUGGUCCUUUCUGCGCCCGGCGCGCCUGGCCGACAUCGUCGGCAUCACCUGGCUGCCCGACGCGUCGCCGCCGGCGUCAGGGCUCAGCGGCGCCGGCAGCUGCCUGCCCGGCCUGAGCCCGUGCGGCACCAAGGCCUCUGUCAGCACCAGCAGCAGCUUCAACUGCAGCGGCGCCGCGCCCAUGGAGGUGGAGCUGUCGGGCGGGCAGCAGGGGCUGGCGCUGAGCCGGCAGGGGUCGCGGAACAACAACGGGACCGGCUGCGGCGAGGACGGGGCCGGGGCGGACGGGGCGGGGUUAGGUGGCGCGGGCGGUGGCGGUGGCGGCGGCCCCGGCUGGCGCCCGCGCAUGGCGGAGGAGCUGGGGUGGCUGUUGCCGCUGGCGGUGGCGUGCGGCAUCUUCACGGUGCACGUGACCACCACCACGCUGGACGAGUUCUACGGCAACGGCACCCCCGGCUCUCAGCGGCCGCUGGCACUGCAGCAGUUAUACGACAGCGCGGCGCCGGAGGCGGGCUUCCUGGCCAUGCUGCGCGACAGCCUGUGGCACGUGCUGUGGUCGGACUUUGAGACGGAGCACAGCACGGCAGGCGAGGCGCUGCACGCGGUGCUGGCGCGCCACGGCGGGAAGCUGUUCGGCAUCCUGUAUGAGCGCAACUGCCGCCAGGCGUUCUGCCCGACAGAGGCCUUCCACGCCACAGCGCUGGCGCCUGACAGGUUCCUGACGGAGGCCAGCAGCAGCCGCAGCAGCGCCGGGCGCGAGGACGGCACGUCGCGGGUGUGGCAGGUGCUGGCGCACGCGCCCUACCUGGUGCCCUUCGCAGACCGGGCCCGGCUGUUCCAGCUCAUGGUGGGCAAGGAGCGAGAGGAGUACCGCGCGCAGGAGGACAGCCGCUUCUUGGAGAUGGGCAUGUUGGAGGCGGGGCUGGGCAACCGCUUCGUGCCCAUACGCCGCGACCAGUUGCUGUUCGACGGCUUCGACCGCCUCAACUCCCUGGGCGAGCGGCUGCGCGGCCGAGUGCGCAUCAUGUUCAUUGACGCGCACGGCCAGCCGGAGGCGGGCGUGGACGGCGGCGGCCUGUUCAAGGACUUCAUGGAGGAGCUCAUGCGCGCCGGCCUCAGUGCCGAGUACGGCCUGUUCGCCUCCAACGCCGCGCACCAGCUGUACCCCAACCCCGCCGCCAUGUGUGUGGUGGAGGACGCGCCGCGGCUGCUGGCAUUCCUGGGGCGCAUGCUGGGCAAGGCCAUGUACGAGAACGUGCUGCUGGAGCUGCCGCUGGCGGGCUUCUUCCUCAAGCGCUUCCGCGGCGCCCACUGCGACCUGAACGACCUGCCCACUCUGGACCCCGAGCUCUACCGCAACCUGCUGCGGCUCCGCGAGCACCUGCUGUCGGCCUCGGCCACGGCCUCGGCGGCGGGCGGCGGCGGCGCGGUGGGCGGUGACGGGGGCGCGGACUCGGCGGCCAUGGACCUGGGGCUCACUUUCGUGGUGGCUGACGAGGUCGCGGCGGCGCUGGGCGACCCGCACGCCGAGGUGGAGCUGAAGCCGGGCGGCCGCAGCAUUGCUGUCACGGCCGACAACGUGCGCGAGUACAUACACCGCGUGGCGCACUACAAGCUGAACGUGGCGCCGCGGCCGGCCGUGUCCGCCUUCCUGUCGGGCUUCUACGAGCUCAUCCCGCGCACCUGGGUUUCCAUGUUCAGCGGCGAGGAGCUGCAGACGCUCAUCAGCGGAGCCGACAGCGCCCUGGACCUGGCGGACCUGCAGCAGCACGUCGAGUACGCGGGAGGUUACCACCCUGACCACCCCGUCAUCCACUGCCUGUGGGAGGCUCUCGCCAGCUUCACGCCAGAGGAGCAGGGCAAGUUCCUCAAGUUCGUCACCUCCUGCAGCCGCGCGCCGCUGCUGGGCUUCAGGUACCUGGAGCCGCGGCUGUGUGUGCAGAUGAGCGGCGGCAUGCUGGACCCCGCCGCCACGCAGCGCCUGCCCACCGCCUCCACCUGCAUGAACCUGCUCAAGCUGCCGCCCUAUCGCACCGUGGCCCAGAUGCGCGAGAAGCUGCUGUACGCGGUCACCAGCGGCGCCGGCUUCGACCUCAGCUAAGGAGUGCGGGGCUAGGGGCUAGGGGCUAGGAACCAGGGACCUAGGGGAUAGAGCUGAGGCCUGUGCGGGUGCGGACGCGGGUGUGGCUGCGGCUGCGGCUGCGGGUGCGGAAGUCUGAGCGCCCAUGGCGCAGACGGUGGUGGGAGCGGUAGGGGUGUAGGAGUGCACCAUACGGAUGCCCCGUAAAUUGUGAAGUGGCGGCUGGUCGGAGCACGGGCCGGGGCAUGCAGCCUGGGAUAACACGGCAAGGAUGGCGGCGCGGCGCGCGGGUGCGCCAGCAUUUUGGCGCCCUGGAGCGGGAUGUGGAUUAGUACGUCAGUGGAGCCUGCCGCCUUCACUUCGUACCGCUAUAUUUAUACAACUGGAAGGCCUGGGCGCGAGGCAUUGCCAAGCCCACCAUCAAUAGCUUGGCAAGAUGCUGUGCCACGCUGCCGUGCCCACACGCAUGCUGCUGGUGAUGGGUUCGCUGGGAUGGCAUGGACUGAUGCCGUGCGGCAUGAGCGUUUGUACUUCUACUAGUUUGCUGCUGGCGGCAAGCAAGUGUGUCGUGCAGUACCGUUCUGGAGGUCGAGUGUUUACUGGCAUUUGUGGCACCGGCUCUAGCUGAGGCGCUACGGUCUGAACCAACGAGGUCAGAGGCUGGCUGUACCAAAGAGAAGAAACGUUUUAGCUGUGUCGUGCGAGGAUGCUGUUUGCGGGCAGCGUCGAUGUUGUGGUGUGUGGGCGCCUGCGGGCGAGAGGUCGCUUUGAACCAGCGGGCGCGCGCGGGUGUCGCACUACUGUCGCACGGGUGGCAGCACCGACAGAGGCGGUCGCCUCUAGCUGCUGCGCCGGACGCGCGCAUCGUCGGGCGCGUAAUAAUCAGCUUACGUGUGUUUGCGGAUGGAUUUCGGAUCCAGCGAUUCCGACUGCGGCCGAUGCCGCUAUCAAGCAAACUUUCGGGUCCGAGGCGGCGGCGAGCUGGCGCUGUGCUGGCUGGGCUAUAGAUAACGUGUGUAAAAGCUUCUACCU